AUGUUGGAGGGAAUCGUUGCCGAUGUUCUUGUGCGAGUCUUAGGAAGCUACGUCGACGGCUUGAAUAAGGACAGUAUUCGACUGGGAGUCUGGAGCGGUGAUCUCGAGCUUAAGCAUUUGCGCUUGCGCCCAGAUGCCCUCGCAGUCUUGUUUGAGACUCUCGGACUCGAUUUGCCGGUCACAGUUACGGCGGGGUACAUUGGUUUGUUGAGGUUGGAGGUCCCCUGGAAGGCUUUGCGUUCAGCUCCCGUGCGGAUUUACAUGCACGAUGUCACCGUCGUUGCCUCCCCGGUGUCUGACGGUGAUCAGGCUGCUCUAGAGUUGCGAGAGAAGCGAUUGAAGGCAGCGCGCCUCGCCACAGAUGAGGCUGUCCGCGAUGCAAAAUUCAGUCUUGCAGGACAUCAAAAUGCUUCGUCUUCCAUUGAUCCUCCAUCAGACGGGCAAGGCAAGGAUGGCGCUGCGGACGGUAAACCGCCAGCGGGCGACGGUAGUCGAUCUCAGAGUGGAUACCGGGUCGCAAGGUGGGGUUGGAACUUCACCAGCAAAGUUGUCACGAAAAUUGUAGAUAACAUUCAAAUAGAUGUUGAGAACGUUGUCGUGCAGUACGAGGAUGCAAGCAGUGUGCGGGACCGCCCUUACACGGCAACUAUAGCGUUGGAUUCUCUCAGGGCUUGUUCAACAAAUCAUGUGUGGGAGCCGGUGUUUAUAGAGAAUCCGUCAUCUCCUGUGGUACACAAAGUACUUUACAUGCGUGGCUUAGUCCUAAACUGGGAGCCCGGCAAUGCGAACAACUCUAUCAAGGGCUGGAUCUUAGAUGCGGAAGCGCAGCGAAUCCCCGGUCAAUGGUCUGGUUUCGUCAGAAAGUGCUCCAGGCAUGCUAUCAAGCCAAUAGAUGGCGAGCUGAGAAUUUCCUUGACUAAAAGUGCCGCACUGGCGGCCGCCUUAGCCGGCAAGGACGAGAACUAUUUGGAGCUCCGAAAGAUUCCAAGGGUGCAGAUGGAUUUACAUUUUCCGGAAGUCCAAAUCAUUUUAGACGACUUCCAGUACCACACGCUGCUAUCCACAAUCAUGUAUCUUUCAGAUAUCGACCGAAAGGUGCGACCUAAGACUGCAAGGGGAAGGUGGUUCUGGGCCCUCGACCGUCUUCUCCCUCGCUUUAAGGAACGGAGGGAGGCUGUUUUGCGCUUCAAUGCCACAGGUCUCAGAGAAAGACGGAAAAAGCGUGAAGAUUACUGCCGUGCAAGAAACAUCAUCGUAACUUCGCGACGGAAAGGUUCUAGGGAGCCGGAAACUGAAGCGAAAAUCGUAGAAGAACUAGAGGCUGACCUUUCUUACAGGGACGUCAUUCUAUUUCGUGACUUAGCAGAUAGGGACUUAAUCGCUGCAGCUAAGGAGGCGAGCGCCAGUGCGGUAUCCACGAGUCGAUUUUGGUCGCUGUUCUCGCGACAAGGGCGUGACAGUGGGGCUGCGGUCUCCACCGCGAGUUCUGACAAGGGGACGUCGGAGAGGUCUAGGAGUCGCAACGAUGGCUUAACGCAGCCUUCCGAUGGUGCCCAGACUGAAGCAACACCAAGUGGUUCUUUAAGGACAUCAUUUUCUGAACGGCAAUCGGAUGAUAUCUUUGAAAUGUCUAACGAAAUUCGACCACCAUCACAGGAGAGUAGCUUUUCCGAAGCUCUAUCGAAGAAUAGUUUUGACGAAGGCGAGGAAGCCACUAUCCCAAAUUUUCGAAUGGGGUUCUUGCUUGGAAAGGGAUCUAUUGAACUGAAAGAAGGUGGGUUUCCUGAUGCUCCAAUGCCAGUCUCUAGCCUUGAGUUUGGAGAACUAAGAAUAGGUAUUGAAACAAGACCUGGAGCGGGAAUGUUGCUUGAGGCCUUGUUGGGAACUUUUCAAGUGAUUGAUUUGCAGAAGCAAAUGAAAGUUAUGUACCCACGCGCUCCAUGGGCUGGAGAGACUAAGACCACCAGAAACGGUUUAAAUGAGGACUCAUCGCUACCCGCGCGCCGUAAUUCAGAUCAACUCAUGUCUGACCUCGCGGACGAUUGGGCCCAGUCUCAAAAGCACUCAGAAAAUGUAGAGACGUUCAAUGAAAGAGCUAAAGAGACUACUGGUAUCGAAGUUGCACAUCUGCAUUCCUACCCACACGACAUAUCAAACGCCAUCUGCGAAAUUCGAGGCGAAUAUGGACUAGAGAGUGAACCACUGCCAGCCACGAGCCCAUCGUUUCCGACUGUAGGGCAAUUCAAGGAGGGCUUUGGAAGCGACUCAUCGGGCUCUAUUUCAGCCCUAUCUGAUGGGGGGAUCUCGGGAGUAUCCGUUCAGAAUAUUGAGGAUCUUUCUGUUGUAUCCCACACUCCACUGAAGUACAUCGCCGCACUGCGAUUGAACCAUGAGGAAGCCCCUCAAGGGCAGUGGGCAAGUGGUGCCACAAGAAUGGCCAUGGACUUAGCAAUCGGUGGCAUGGAAGUUCUUGUUGACGGACCAAAAGGAGCUUUCGUUUCAUCUGUUGCUUUUUGGCAUCCGAGGGAGAAAAUGCCUUCGAUCAUGCAAUUUCUGAGCAGAGCGGCGGCGCCACGGCUUGCAUCAUUGCGGAUGGACAUCCAGAAAGCAAUCCUAGAUAGGUCUGUCCCAAUGCGAAUGGAUAUGCUUAUUCGAGGACCGCGUUUCGUCGUUCCAGGUUCUUCUGGGGGCGACGUGUCUCUCGUCCUGGACCUUGGUACAUUCGCAAUGGAAACCUCCACAGGCCCAUCAGAGGUUGUCAGUUCAGAGACACUUGCAUCUAAAUGCGACUCCCCCAUGGACAUGCCACGCGAGAAUUCAAUAUCGAUUCGAUACACGGAUUACAAGAUGGCCGUUAGUGACUUGGGGCUUUUCGUAGUUUCAAAAGCGGGGAAACAAGCAGCGGAGCGCAUUAUCAGACCUUUUUCGGUGCAUGUGCUCCUACAAGUGCUGCAUAACUCAUCCUUUGUGGAAGCCGUAACACAUGUGUACGGCCUUUCCAGCACACAAAGGUCAAGCUCAGAGCCCAGAUGCCUUCAUUGCGAACUUCCGUAUCACACGAUGCCUUUCGUCAAAUCUUAG